AAUUAGUCUUUUACGUGCUAAGGGCAAAAUAGGUAUUUUGACUUUUCCUCGUCUCUUCCUUUUAAGCUUUCUUUAUUAUCUUGUAAAAAUAAAAAAAUAGACAAUUUCGGUCAGUAGACACGGCAAAAUCCUUUAUAUAACAGGUCCUCUAAACCAAGUAGCAGAACGAUAGACACUCGACAAAGAACAAUAAAGAGAGAAAGAGAGUGAAUUCUCUUCUUUUUAGUAAAUAAAAUAUAUAUUUCCAAGAAUGGGUUCGGAAGCUGCCGUCACCGCCGUGGACAACCUCCAGCAACCAUUACUUGAGCCAACGAAGUCGGAAGUUGACUUCAGGAUGGAGAGUGUGUUAACAGACACUCAUUUGCCUUAUCUCCGGCGGCUAUAUUUCGCGGCGUUGAUCGAGCUGAAGUUUCUCUUCAACCUGGCGGCUCCGGCGAUCUUUGUCUACGUCAUUAAUAAUGGCAUGUCCAUGCUCACUCGUAUCUUCGCCGGUCGUAUUGGAAGUAUUCAACUCGCCGCCGCUUCUCUAGGAAACAGUGGUUUCAAUAUGUUCACCUUUGGUCUCAUGCUUGGAAUGGGAAGUGCAGUGGAAACAUUAUGUGGACAAGCGCACGGAGCUCACAGAUACGAGAUGCUCGGAGUCUAUCUACAAAGAUCAACGGUGGUUCUAUUUCUCACCGGCCUUCCGAUGACAUUACUCUUCAUCUUCUCCAAACCUCUCCUCACUUCACUCGGCGAGCCAGCUGACGUGGCCUCAAUGGCUUCCAUAUUCGUCUACGGUAUGAUCCCAAUGAUCUUCGCUUACGUCGUCAACUUCCCCAUACAAAAGUUCCUCCAGUCACCAGGGGCGUCCCUAGAUAAUGGACUGAAUUUAAUUCAUUUUGACAUUGGUAUAUUCCUCUCUUGGCUGGCCGUCUUCAAGCUCGGGUGGGGCUUACUUGGUCUCUCAGUGAUACACAGUCUCUCGUGGUGGAUCAUUGUUCUUGCUCAGGUUUUGUAUAUUAAGGUGAGUCCAAGAUGUCGCCGGACUUGGACCGGGUUUAGCUGGAAAGCCUUUGAUGGUCUUUGGGACUUUUUCCGGUUAUCGGCGGCUUCCGCCGUCAUGCUCUGCCUUGAGUCUUGGUAUGCUCAGAUUCUUGUUCUUCUCGCUGGACUUCUCAAGAACCCUGAACUCGCUUUGGAUUCUCUAGCUAUCUGCAUGUCAAUUUCUGCAAUCUCUUUCAUGGUCUCCGUUGGAUUCAACGCAGCUGCAAGUGUGAGAGUUAGUAAUGAAUUAGGAGCUGGAAAUCCAAGAUCAGCAGCAUUUUCAACCGCAGUAACUACAGGAGUGUCGUUUUUACUAUCGCUAUUUGAAGCCGUACUGAUCCUCUCGUGGCGCAAUGUUAUCAGCUACGUUUUUACAGACAGCCCAGCGGUUGCUGAAGCUGUAGCCGAGCUCACUCCUUACUUGGCUAUUACCAUAGUUCUCAAUGGAGUUCAACCUGUUUUAUCUGGCGUUGCCGUUGGAUGUGGAUGGCAAGCAUUUGUGGCGUACGUUAACAUAGGAUGUUAUUACAUUGUGGGGAUCCCUAUUGGUUAUGUUCUUGGUUUCACCUAUGACAUGGGAGCUAAGGGAAUAUGGACAGGAAUGAUUGCGGGUACGCUCAUGCAAACUAUCAUCUUACUCAUUGUCACUUUUCGAACUGAUUGGGAUAAAGAGGUGGAGAAGGCUUCACGACGAUUGGACCAGUGGGAAGAUACACAAGCGCCGCUUCUUAAGCAGUAAACAAAAAUGAUAUUUUUCUUCUUCUGGUCUUCUCCAAAUUGAUUUAAAAGGGAUAAAAACCUCAUUAGUUAAUCAAGAGAUCUGUUGAUUAAUGAAUUGGAAAACCGAUAGUUUUCUGAGGGGUUAGAGUGAAGAGAAGGGAGUCAAUGUAUAUUUUUUUUGUAAGAUGAGUUAAUAUUGAGAAGUGAGAAUGAAAUGUUGAAAUAAAAGAUGACGUCUUGCGUGUAAAGCAACUUUGUUGUAACCAUUUAUUGAAUGGGGGCAAAUCAAGUAAUGAAUCAUUGGUUUUAUGGUA